GCGAUGCCGUGCAGGCUGGGCUGGCUGCUCCUGUGCGGCCUUGCAGUGCUGCUGCCCGGCUGCCUGCUCUUCCUGAAGAAGAAGGCCAGGCCGCUGGGGGCCCCCGCGGCCCACCCGCCCUUCUGGGCUCCCCCCGGGCCCCGCCGCAGCCAGUGCCCACCCAACGACACAAUGGCGGACGCCUCCCUGUUCCUGCCUGUUCGCCACCGCCUCUUCCUGACCUAUCGCCACUGCCGCAACUUCUCUGUCCUGCUGCAGCCUUCGGGGUGUGCGCAGGACACCUUCCUGCUCCUGGCGAUCAAGUCCCAGCCGGGCCACGUGGAGCGCCGGGCGGCCAUCCGCAGCACCUGGGGCCGGGCGGGGGCCUGGGCCAGGGGCCGGCGGCUGAAGCUCGUGUUUCUCCUCGGGGUGGGGGGACCUGCCCCCGUGGCCCGGCUGCUGGCCUACGAGAGCGGGGAGUUUGACGACAUCCUGCAGUGGGACUUCGCCGAGGACUUCUUCAACCUGACGCUCAAGGAGCUGCACCUGCAGCGCUGGGUGGCAGCCGCCUGCCCCCAGGCACGCUUUGUGCUCAAGGGGGACGACGACGUCUUCAUCCACGUCCCCAACGUGCUGGAGUUCCUGGACGGCUGCGACCCAGCCCAGGACCUCCUGGUGGGAGAUGUCAUCUACAUGGCCAGGCCCAACCGGAACACCAAGGUCAAGUACUUCAUCCCUCGGGCUAUGUACAGGGGCGGCCUCUACCCGCCCUACGCUGGGGGCGGGGGCUACGUCAUGUCCAGAGCCACCGUGCGGCGCCUGCGGGCAGCCGUGGAAGCGGCUGAGCUUUUCCCCAUCGACGACGUCUUUGUGGGCAUGUGCCUGCGGAAGCUGGGGGUGAGGCCCACCCACCACGCUGGUUUCAGGACAUUGGGGAUCCGGCGGCCCCUGGACCCCCUGGACCCCUGCCUGUACCGAGAGCUCCUGCUCGUGCACCGCCUGUGCCCCCUGGAGCUGUGGACCAUGUGGGCGCUGGUGACGGACGAGGGGCUCGACUGCACGGCUGCCCUCAGACCCCAGCUCUGAGCACCUGCCCGGAGGACGCCGGGUGUCGCUCUCCUACUGUGGAAGGAACAGGAACUGAAAACGGACUCGAACCCCUUCCCACCUGGGUCGCUUUGAUUAAAACCCUGGAACCUGGCGCAUGCCCAAGCACACCAGAUGCUGCCGGAGGCCCUGGAAUCCCCGAGCCGCCUCAGGCUGCUGGCUGCGGGGAGGGGGCUGCGGAGGCUCACAGAGCACACGUCUCCUUUUUUAAAUGCCAAAAAAUAAAUUCUUCUUUGGGUAGGAC